GGCGGCGGGCGCCAGUGGGAUGAGCCCGGUUGUUUUCUCCGAGACGGAGGACGAAGCGCUUGUCUGAAGCCUCCGUUGGGGAAGAGAAGGGCCGUGACGGCGAGGGGUUCAGGAGCCCUCCCCGGGCCUGCUUAGAGCACCAAGGAUGGGAGAGUCUUAAGAAUCAGUUGCUCCACUACUAGCAGCCAAGGCAUAGGAACGAGCCAUGUCUUACCGAGGCAACGAGCGGGAUUUCCAAACCUCAGCACGCAGGAUGGGGACCUCUCUGCUCUUUCAACUGUCAGUCCAUGAGAGAGAGCUGGACUUGGUGUUCCUGGACCACAGUUAUGCCAAGCCAUGGAGUGCCCACCCCGAUGCCAGCAGUGCCCGCCCCACUCGACUGCUCUUUGUGACUCCUAAGAGACAUCAAGAGAGCAGCGCAGUUGAGGCAGAUGUUCCCAUUGAUGUGGAAACUGUGACACCCACACCCGUGCCACUCUAUGACAACCGGAAGGCCCGAACCGUAAUGAAUGAGUGUGAGCGCCAUGUGAUCUUUGCCCGCACAGAUACCGACACACCGCCUCCACCGGAUGACUGGGAGGAACAUAUGAACAGGUCCGGUUGGACAGUAACCCAAAACAAGCUCUUCAAUAAAAUCCUCAAAGCCUUGCAGUCUGACCGACUGGCCCGGUUGGCGAAUGAAGGGGCUUGCAACGAGCCAGUGCUCCGGAGGAUAGCGGUGGACAAAUGCGCCCGGAGGGUGCGCCAGGCUUUGGCGAGCAUCAGCUGGGACACCAAAUUGAUCCAGUGGCUGCACUCAACACUUGUCGAGACCCUCAGCUUGCCGAUGCUGGCCGCUUAUCUGGAUGCCCUGCAGACCCUUAAGGGGAAGAUUCCCUCCCUGAUUGACCGGAUGCUGUUGUCCUCGACCACAAAGACGGGCGCAGCAGGGGCUGAAGCGCUCUCCCUCUUGUUGAAGAGGCCGUGGGAUCCAGCCGUAGGCGUCCUUUCACACAACAAGCCGAGCAAACUGCCCGGUUCUCCCCUCAUCCUGUUGGCAUCCUCUGGACCCUCCAAUGCGAUGUUCCCCACUUCCCGCCGGCAUCGGUUCUGGCAGUCACAACUGUCUUGCUUGGGAAAGGUGAUCCCGGUGGCUACCCAUCUAAUCAACAACGGCAGUGGAGUUGGAGUGUUGCAGUGCCUGGAGCACAUGAUCGGUGCUGUGAGAGGCAAAGUGCACGAGAUCCACAACCAUUUUUCCCAUAAGCCAAUCAUCCUAAUUGGCUGGAACACAGGAGCACUGGUGGCCUGCCAUGUUUCAGUGAUGGAAGACGUGACGGCGGUGGUGUGUCUUGGAUUCCCUCUCUUAACCGUGGAUGGGCCCAGAGGGGAUGUGGACGACCCACUUCUGGACAUGAAGACACCGGUUCUCUUCGUAAUCGGUCAGAACUCCCUCCAGUGCAACACAGAAGCAAUGGAGGAUUUCCGGGAGAAGCUUCGAGCUGAAAACAGCCUCGUCAUCGUUGGAGGUGCUGAUGAUAAUCUCAGGAUAAGCAAAGCCAAAAAGAAGUUGGAAGGCCUGACCCAGAGUAUGGUGGACAGGUGCAUACAGGACGAAAUAGCUGAUUUCCUCACAGGUGUGCUAACCCGAGCAGACAGCCCCUCGGGCUCUGAGCCCCGAGACCUUGAUGCGGAGAGGAAGAAGAAGACCGCACGGGACUCGGCCAGAAGGGACCUGUCUUUCGAUAUGUCUGAGAGGAGCAGCUGCCCUGCCUCCCCUGCCGCCAAAGUGCCAGCUUCGCCCUCUGGGUCGGAGGACCUCUCCAGCGUGUCCAGCAGUCCGACCUCCAGUCCCAAGGCCAAGACGGCCUCUCUGCCAUCGGCCCAGAAGUCCAGUCCGAUGGGGGGCCCCCAGCUGCUGAAGAGGCCUCUGCAGAAAACGGAAGCGGCCCCGGUGCAGAAGCCGCAGGCGCAAGCUCAGUUUGCUGCCUUUCUGAAACAAAACUUGCUGGUGAGGAAAUCUCUUCCUCCUGGCACUUCUUCAUGCCUCGGUGUCUCUUCGGAGCAGCAGCUGGAGGCUGGCGAGAAGGAAGACCUGCUACGAACGCAGCUGAAACGGCACCAGGCCCCCAGCCCCACGCAUGGCAGCAAGCCGUCUAAGCGGGCCAAAAUCAAAGUUACCAUCGUCUCCCACGGGGAAGCUGCUGGUGCUGGGAAUGGAGCGCCUCUCGAGGGACCACCAGAAACAGUGGCUGCAGGGAAGCCUCCUUCUGUGUCUUUGGGACAGGCGGUGGUGAGUGCGAAGGAGGCAACAGGAUUGCUUCCCUCUUCCAAGCCUGCUUCUGUAGCAGCAGAAAGCCCCGCUGCCAGUCCCGGCCCCUCGGCCACCAUCCCGAGCAGCACAGCCCCGAGUGCAUUCCAUUCUCUGCAGAACAGACUGGGGGGCAACGGCGCUCCUUGCCUGCAGGCUCAGCCCACCGGUGCGCUCCAAGGGGCAGCUUCGGCCAGCAGCCUCCUGCAGGGCCUGAGUUUCAGUCUGCAAGAUAUCGGCACGAAAGCAGCCCCUCUCCCAGCGAGCGUUGCUGCGGCGGGGCCUCUGGUGCAGACCUCAGCCCUCAAGUCUCCAGCACCCCUGCAGAACCUCAGCACCAUCACCACCAGCACAGGCACCCUGGUGCGCACCAUCCCCGUUGCCACAACCUUGUCCUCUCUCGGCACCUCGGCCAGCGGGAAGCCCACCACGAUUCACCAGCUGCUCACCAAUGGAGGGCUGGCCAAACUGGCAAGCAGCCUUCCUGGCUUGGCUCACAUCUCUGGUCAAGGGUCAGGCUUAAAAGCCCCGACCACCAUCACGGUGACCCUGCGGGGACAGGCCAGCCGGGUCGCCCCCCUCAGCCAAGCCCCCCUGGGCGCAGCCCAGCCCCCGCUGGAAGAGCCCCUGCCGCAUCUCCUGCCGCCUCUGCCACAGCCGCUCCAGGUUCCAGAUGGUGCCAUGGGGAACAUGGCCGGCCAGGCUUCCAGCGCUGCUUCUGCCGGCAAGCCGUUGCCUCAGGUGGAGCUUGGAAAAAUCCACGCAAGCACAGAGAUGCCUUCUACAGAUCCGGCAUCUCAGCCAAGCUCAGCAGCCGCUGUAGUAACCACCACAAGCCCCAUGAAGACGCUCUAUGUGAUGUCAGAUGCCAAACUGUCUGCCCUCACAAAAUCUGUCAUGGCGGAAGCAGCAGCCGUCCCCCUGAAGCCCGCCACCCUUCAGGCAGCCGCCGCCGCCGCCGCUGCCCCCUCUUCCCCUCUUGGAGCGGUGACCUUUGCCACCUCCACCCCGGCCAGCACGGCCUGCAGCCUGGUGCAUUCCAAAGUGCGGCCCGUUUUGCAGACAGCCUCCAAGACGGUCAUCUUGACCUCCACGCUAACCGCCAUGAAAGGCGACCGGGCCCUUGGACAGAGGGGGGAGAAGAUGACGGCCCCGACCAAAGGACCCGUGGAAACCCUGGGCAGGGUGCCUUCAGUCAUGGACGACAGCAGCACCAUCCUCCACACGCGGGAGAGCGUCCCGAGCAGGCACUUGCUUCCCCAGGGCCUCCUGCCCACGGCAGCUGGAACCACGCUCAUCACCCUGGGCAGUAGCCUGGCCGGCUCCUCCAUCAUCGCCACCGCCGGGCCGGCCCUUGGCCACAAGCCGUAGGGCAAGCUUCCCAGAAGCCAACUGUCCUGCUGGCUCCACCUACACAGGGGUGGAAGAUGAAGCUGGGCUUUGGAAGCACAUGUAUUGCUUCCUCAUUCCUGUUCUCCAUGAGGAGGACCCGCCUGCUCUUUUUGUUUCUCACUUUUAACCUGAUCCAGCUGUCCUUUUGUGUACAGAACAUUUAAUUACAUCUGUAAGGGAGGGAGAUAAACUUUUCCUUAAAAUGCUGUGCUCUUUUGUGGA